AUGUCUAUUAUGUUGAGAUUUGUUAAUAAAAAUAGAUAUGUGAAAGAGCGAUUUUUUAGUUUGGUUCAUGUUAAAGGCACUAUUGCAUUAACAUUAAAGGAUGAAAUCCCUUUUGUUCUUUCUCAACAUAAUCUUGAUAUUCAAAGUAUCCGAGGACAGGGUUAUGAUAGUGCGAUUGCUGCAUCAAAAAAAGUUAUUUCUAUUCAUAAUUUUUUUACAAAGUUGAAUUCCAUAAUCAAUAUAGUUGGUGUAUUAUGUAAGCGUACUGAUCAAUUAAAAAUUGCUCAUGCUGAAAAUAUUGCUCAUUUACUUGCUAUUGAUGAGCUUCAAAGUGGAAAGAGGUUAAAUCAAAUUGGUAUUUUGCAAAGGUCAGCGAACAUGCGAUGGAGUUCACAUUUGAAAUCUGUUUCUAGCAUAAUGAACAUGUUUGGUGUGAUAUGUGAGGUUCUACUACAUAUAAUUGAUGAUGGAGUUACAUCGGCUCAGCAUGGAGAAGCAGAUCUUCAAUCUCAAGAUAUUUUGAAUGCAAUGCAUCUUGUUUUAUUAACAAAGUCACUCAUUCAAAAGUUGAGAGAUGAAGGAUGGGAUGACUUAAUCACCAAAGUGAUAUCUUUUUGUAAAUUAGUUAACAUAUAUGCACCAAAUUUGAAUGCUUUUUAUGUUGCAAGGAGAGAAAGAGCUCGCUAUCAACAAGAUGAAAUUACAAUAGAGUAUCAUUAUAGAAUUGAUAUUUUCAAUGCUGUGAUUAACUCUCAAUUACAAGAAUUGAACAAUAAGUUCAACUAUCAUAUAGUAGAAUUGCUUAGUCUUAGCUCAGUUUUAGAUCCCAAAGAGAUGCAUGCAUCAUUCAAAACUAAUGAUAUUUGCAAAAUGGUAGAAAAAUUUUAUCCUCAAGACUUUGUUGAAUAUGAGAUGGUGCAACUAAGGGUACAAUUUGAGCAUUUUGAUCACGUGCGACAACUUUUUGAAUUUGGAGCAUUAUCAACUAUCUCUGAUUUGUGUCAAUGGUUAAUGAAAACAAGAAAGUUCGAGAUAUAUCCACUUCUAUAUCGAGUGGCAACUCUUAUUUUUACUCUUCCAGUUUUUACAGUUACUACGGAGCGAUCCUUUUCAAAUGGUUCUUUGUAA